AUGAAGCGUCUUAAUGAUGUGGUGGACACGAAGCUACCACCGUAUAUGACUAACGAUCGUUUUAUUUGGACAACGGAUGAACCGGAUGUGGAACUGAUAGAGCCGAAGAUUUUAGCAUCAAUUGAUAAGAACUGGCUUACUUUUGGUUUACAGGCAGCAUUUCCGCCGCAGUCGCACACUUUCACUCUCUACAAUCACGGCGAUCACGCAUUAGCGUUCACUAUUUCAACGAGUGAUAAUUACGCGUAUUUUGUUUCAAAGGUAGUUACUGAUGAGCCUGGGGUGAAUGAAAGGCCCUCAUUUUGCUUUCUUGUUUCUCCAUCCCUCAAAGCUAAUAUUGUGGAGCAGUCGCUGAUGGUGAACUUCGACCAUUAUUGA